UCCUCUGGACGGCAGGAGGGGAGUGGCAAGCGACAGCUUCUCCCUCCCACACGCCCGGCUCGCUCUCUCCUCCUCCAGCCGCGGCAGGUCACCUCGCUGUGAGCGCGGCUUGCCGGGGCUGCUUUGCGCAGUGACAGGCAGGGGCGGCGGCGGCGGCAGCAGCAGCAGCAGCAGCUCGCGGCUCCUCUCCUCCCCGCGGGCGCCAGGGGCGCGAACUCCGGGGCCGCUGCCGACGGGCUGCGCGGACAUUGGGAGCAGACGCGCCUGGAGGAAGGCGAACGCUGCAACUUCUCGCCGCGGCUGCGGGCAGAGGGUGGCCGGGUCUCGCUGCCCAGCAGCGCCACAGCUCCUGGCUUCCUCUCGCGGUCUGGGCCGGAGGCUCCGGACUAUAAAUAGCAGGUUACCCAGCUGCUGAGUGACAGGCGGCUCGAGUCUCUCUGCGCGGCCGGCUCCCUGCUCCGAGCCAGAACCAAGAGAGAGAUGGUGUCGGCUGAAAGGAAAUCUGCUAUUUCUAAUGAAAAAUAAGACCAAGAGUUCUGAAGUCUGUGACGUUAUUCUGGAGUGAGUCUGUGUUGUGGAAUUCAGAAAUAAAACGGAUGUUUCAGUAGUUCUCAAGUUUCAGAGCAGAGAACCAGAUCUUUACUGUGAAGCUACAUCUAAACCAGAUUGUGAAUCGUGGCCUGUGGCACUUGGAGAAGCAAAUUCAGAAAGUUUGCAGAAUAAAAUUCAGAAGCUCCGGAGGUUGAUCAUGGAAAUCAAAGAGGAGAGAACAUCAGAUGAAGCACAGCACUUUCUUCCUGCAACACAGGCAGACAACCUUAGGGAGCCUCAGUUUACAAGUAUCAAGAGGAUUGCGAAUGAGUCAAAGCUGGAGUUUGUCCUUGCCUGCAAGGAUCUAGUGGCUACUGCCCGUGAUCGGAAGCUGAAUACAUUUGUACAGAUCUCAGUAGUACAUCCAGCAGAACAGACUUUGACAAGAUAUUCAAGCACUGAAAUUGUGGAGGGAACAAGAGACCCACUGUUUUUGACUGGUGUGGCAUUCCCACCGGAAUAUCCUAUCUAUGAGGAGACUAAAAUAAAACUAACAGUCUAUGAUGUCAAAGAUAAAUCUCAGGACACGGUCCGCAUCCGUGUCCUGUCUGAACACAAGGAGUCAAGAACAGAUGUUGGGCGAAACUUUCUGGGCUUGACUACUUUUAAAGUAGGAGACUUGGUGAAGUCAAAGGAACAACAGUUGACCCUUACCCUGAGGACUCCUGAUGGUGGAAAGACAGUUGGUACCAUAGACGUCAGCCUUGUGAAGAUGGGGGAGAUAGAGGAGGGGGAAGUAGACCACAUCAUAACAGAUGUGCAGGGACAAAAGUGUGCAUUGGUGUGUGAAUGUACAGCACCUGAAGGCAUAAGUGGUAAAGACAGCGUACCUCUAUUAAAUGCAGUGUUAAAAAACCCAAUCUGUAAGUUAUAUAGAUUUCCCACUUCUGACAACAAGUGGCUGCAUAUCCGAGAACAGAUGUCUGAGAGCACUCUUUCUUUCCAUGUUCCCAAGGAAUUGAUCAAUCUGCACAUAAAGGAGGAUAUGAGAAGGAAUCAGGACCUAAAAGAGCUUGGGGACCUUGCUCCACAUUGGGACAAUAUGCGUAAAAAUGUUAUUGCACACUGUGAACAGAUGCUCAACAUGUACCAGGACACUCUUGCAGAUCUCGAGAAACAUACAGGAUCUUCUUUCAAAUCAAGUUGUAGUAAAGGAGAAAAGACACUAGAAUUUGUUCCAGUAAAUCUCCAUCUGCAAAGAAUGCAUGUGCACAGUCCUCGGUUGAAAGAUGCUCUGUAUGAUGUCAUCACAGUGGGAGCCCCUGCAGCACACUUUCAGGGAUUUAAGAAUGGUGGUCUUCGGAAACUGUUGAGUAAAUUUGAGGCAGAAAGGCGAAAUACUGGAUACCAGUGUAUUUACUAUUCACCUGAAAACACAGCCAAGGCAAAAGAAGUUCUCAGCAACAUCAAUCAUCUACAGCCCCUCGUAUCAAGCCAUGCAGACCUGCUGCUUAAUUCUGCAAGCCAGCAUUCUCCAGACAGCUUGAAGAAUUCUUUAAAGAUGCUUUCAGAAAAAACAGAGUUAUUUGUGCAUGCCUUCAAGGAUCAGCUGGUCAGAAGUGCCCUUUUAGCGCUAUACACAGCCCGUCCAGGUUGUGUCCUCAAGAAGCCAACUGUGCCCAGAACCAGUAUGGAAGAAUGUGGUGAUCCACAGGGUCAGAACCAUCCAUCUCAGAUCAAACGGCAGAACUCUAUACCUCACCAUUCAGAAUAUGAUGAAGAAGAGUGGGAUAGGGUGUGGACCAACGUGGGGAAGAGUUUAAACUGCAUUAUUGCAAUGGUGGACAGACUGCUUGAAAAAGAAGACAGCAGCAGUGGCAUUAAGAAAAGUGAAAAUGACCCUUCAUCUGCAGCUUGCAUGGUAUCUCAUACAAGUGGUGACUGGUAUGAGCAGCUUUAUCCCCUCAUAAUUACACUCAAGGACUGCAUGGGAGAGGUGGUGACAAGGGCAAAGCAAUCAAUGACUUUUGUUCUACUUCAGGAACUUGCAUGUGGCUUGCCACAGCAUUUGAUGCUGACCCUAAGAAGAGACAUCGUCUUUAGUCAAGCACUUGCUGGAUUGGUCUGUGGGUUUAUAAUCAAACUGCACACAAGUUUACAUGAUCAAGGCUUCCUACAGCAGCUUCAUAUUGUUGGGUUAAUUGUUCAAUAUGAAGGACUUCUCAGCACUUAUAGUGAGGAAAUUGGGAUGCUAGAAGAUAUGGCUGUGGGCAUUUCAGAUUUACAGAAAGUAAUGUUUAAAAUAAUUGAAGCCAAAUCCAAUGACUUCUUGCCUGUAAUAACUGGAAGGCGUGAACAUUAUGUAAUAGAGGUCAAGCUUCCAGCAAAGAUGUUUGAGUUGCUGCCACAAGAGAUCAAAGAAGGAAAGCAGCUGCAUGUGUACCCAGUCCUCUUUAAUGUUGGAAUCAAUGAACAGCAAACACUUGCAGAGAGGUUUGGAGAUACCACUUUGCAAGAAAGUGUUAACCAGGAAAAUUUUGAACUUCUUAAAGAAUAUUACAAGUUGUUUACUGAAAAAAUGCCUCCUGAUUGGCUACCACAUUUUCAAGAACAGAAUGACCUAAAGGGAUUACUAGAAAAUCUCCAUCAAAAUAUCCAGGCCAAAAAAAGAAAGAAUGUAGAAAUCAUGUGGGUGGCUGCAACGAUUUGCCGCAAGCUAAAUGGAAUCCGUUUCACCUGUUGCAAAAGUGCCAAAGACAGGACAUCCAUGUCAGUGACACUAGAACAGUGCUCAAUCUUGAGAGAUGAACAUCAACUGCACAAGGACUUCUUUAUCCGGGCACUGGAUUGUAUGAGAAGAGAAGGAUGCCGCAUAGAGAAUGUACUGAAGAAUAUCAAAUGCAGAAAGUAUGCAUUCAACAUGAUACAACUGAUGGCUUUCCCAAAGUACUACAGACCACCAGAGGGGACAUAUGGAAAAGCUGAUACCUAAGUUUAUAAUGUAAUAAGAAACACACAUCUAUCCUAAUUAGAUAAUAUAAAAAUUGCUGUUUGUGUGUCAUGAAUUGGGAGUGUGUAACAAAACCAGGAGUUAUCUUGGUCAGCUAUCAGUGGAUCUAUUUUAAAUUAAAAUAACUGUAGUCCGUUACUAUGAAAGAAAACCUCAAUUAUUGUCUGAUUAAUGCUUGAGUGUUCUCAAAACCAAGUAUAUACAGACCUCAAUGCUAGGCUGUAAAGAAUUGGGCGUCUCAAGUAGCUUCAUGGAAGACCAAAAAGGAAAAUGCAGAUUGCUGCAGGAAUUGAUGUUAGUGAUUUCAUAGGGGGCACUCUGAGUCUAUACUGGUGCUAUUCCUGAGUACUGUGUGAAGUGGCACCAUCCUGCUGGAAGUGAUGUCUUCUGCAUCAGGCAUAAAACAGAGAUCCCGGUCCCUUGUUGUCAAAGACCCCCAUGGCAUUCUUUCCAAGGCGUGUUAAUCUCGGUCUGUUGGCCAUAUUUAAAUUUGGUAAUUACAUUCUGCUUCUCUAUAGAAGUUUGGUAAUUGCAGCUUGUAAUUUGGUAAUUGCAUUCUGCCUCUCUGCAGUUCCGGUUGGAUGUAUUAUUCUUGGCAUUCUGUGCUAGAGUCAAAUCCUACCCAUUUUAUGUAUGUGUUAAUCUCAGUGGAGUCAGAGGGGUUACUGAGGUGAGUAAAGUGACCCACAUUUGCCCCUUAGACUUUACUGGGCGUUCCUGUGCUUCAUUUUAGUGCUGGGUGAUGUGAUUCCUAUGUAUCAGAGGCAACGUAGCUCUUUAGGAUGGAAUUACUUACAUGUACAGUUUUGUUAAUUUUUAUACAGCACAAAGCCCAACACAAGCAUAACAAUGAGGGUAAAUACUCCUUAAUCUGCUACACUGUGGCUAGUUAGCUGAUUUUCUAUCACAUGUAUAAUGCAAUAUGUAGGCAAAGGCUACUCUUCAACCCUAACUGAAUUUUAGUGCCGUUGCCAGCUUUUGUCACUCCCAAAUUUAUCUUCUAGACAUCACAGGGUUUUUAAUCACAUCAGUUAAUUACAUUCCCCCCCAACCAAAAACAAAACAAAACAAAAAUCACUCAGUGAUGACUGACAUUUGUAUAGCACCUUCACUUUGGAGAUAAAAUAUUUAGGGCAGGAAGAUAAGAAUUUUAUCCAAGUAAAAUGACAUAGGAAAUUUAAGAUACUGUAGGCAAAGUGUAAUUACCAAAUUCAGAAUUUGGCCAAGAUGGAGAGAUUAACAUUUGCCGCCCCUGUAUUAUAGGAGUCACAGAAGUACUGGGGCAUAAUGAACUGUAAAAUACUCCUUUCAAUCCAUUGGGAUCUGUUGUGUAAAUCUGUAUUUGUACUAAUAAAAUAUAUAUUUAAGACUGUAAUCCUGCACACAUGCACGUGUAAUGAGGAAAAUGAGCAGCCAUGUUCGUAAAAUUUACACGUGUUCCUAAAUGUUUGAAAGAUGGGGUCUUUGAAUAAUUAUUAAACAUAUGGGGUGAAAUCCUGGCCCCAACUCCCAUUGACUUCAGUGCAGCCAGGAUUUCAUCCAUGACAUAAAUGUACUUGAUGAAUUUAGAACAGCUUGUUCAAAGCAGGUAACACUGACAUUUAAAUAAUAUUUUGGUACUUUUAUGAUUUACUCAUACAUAUGACUUCUUUGGCACUGUCUUGUUUGAUCAUUGGAUAUGUAUUUAGAUUUUUCUUUUAUUAUAUAUUAAAUACCCAAUAGACCACAACGAGCCUUUUGCAGUUGUCACAGCAUCUUCCAUAAAUACACUACGGAGAUAAAAUCAGACAGAUGUGAACUGAAGGUCUUGCAUUCCUUUCCAUACUAUAUAAUUUACUAAUGGAGUUAGCCAUUGCAUUCUAAUUUAUAAAUCUGUAUUUGUAUAUGGAUUUUUAACCAUUAUAGAACGGACUCAUAAAAAGUCUUAAUUCGUAUUUAUUGAACCAAAGUCUUCCUAGGAAUGUUACAAUCUAUCCUGUCAGUCUAGCUGCCACAUUUGCUGUGAUCUCAACAUUCUUUUGGUCAUGUUUACAGUUUAAAAAAAAAGUUACUGAAUAUAUACAUUAGGGGCUUGAGCCUGCAUUUCUCUGUAAAAUAAUCCUAUAGAACUUCCGAGAAAAUAUAAACUUUUUAUAGUAUUUUUAAACCAAUCUGCAAAUUUCUAUGGCGGGGUAUCAUUCUCUGUUAAAUUCUAUAGGUUUUAGAGUAAUUUACGUAAAACCCCACUGACUUUAAUCCAUAAUAAAUUCGAUAGAAAGGGAAAGGAAUGUUUCAAGAUCUUUGUCUCUAGAUUUUAAAUCAUAAUGUUGUGACCUUUUAAAAACAUUUGGGCUCUGAAUUACUACUGCACCAUGAUCAUAUUGUGUUUAAUUAUGUCAUUUUAAACAGUGAAGCUAUAUGAGUCAUGUGCAAACAAGGGCUUAAAUUGCUGUAAUAAACACCAUUUUUACAUACUUUUUAACCUUGAAAAUCACCCACAAUUGUUAUUUUUAAAUUGUUACCAGUUUGCUUCCCCAAAUAUUUUUUUUAAAAACCACGCAGUAGUCCACAGUGAAACAGAACUGGGCACAGUGGUGUUUAGGUCUUUAAAAAAUGUUGUUUUUUUUAGGCAAAGCAGAAGCUUUGGAUGACAAGUUUUUGAUUGGAACAAAUAUUUACAGAUUCAAAGACCCACAGAAAACAUGCUGGCACAACUUCAAGUAUAUCAGCAUACACAUUGCUACUUCAGUGCUGAAAACCCCUUUUCUGUUGAAAUAUUUCCUCUGAUUUAGAUUCCACAGGGUAGAUCCUGACCUGGUGUGAAUUGUUACAGGCUCAUUGAGUGCAAUGGACCUAUGACAAUUUACAAAAGCUGAGGAUCUGUCUCCAAAACUGAGUUGUCAGCUAAUCAUGGAUGCAAAACUAAAUAUUCUUCAACCUGGAUUUUUAUGAAUGCAAAUAAUCCUUUGCUGCUGUUACCAACUAUAACAUACCAACCCAGAACAGAGGGCCUUUCCAAAGCCCUGCACACCACUUGAAGGGUUAACAGAGGGCUCCGAAUGCAUAUUGGAGGAGUAAUUCUGAGCAAAUUGAUUUUCAUGAGCAAACUGUACCAUUUGCUAAUGUGUUAUUGAAGAGAACUGACUUAUCUUAAUGGCAGAGUCACUACAAUGUUCAGACUUUGCACUGUAAAAACUUUUGUAAGGAAUGAAAGCUUCUAUUUUGAGAGCCAGUCUUUCAAGGGAUAGAAAACAGCCAUGUUUAAUGUGUAGCUGGCAUUUAAGGCCAAAUUCUGCUUGCCUUACUCAUGUGAAUAGUCCCGCUGAAGUCACUGGUACUACAGUCCUUGCUUGAAUAAGAUCAACAGGAUUUGACUCAGUGAAACUUGAGCAAAAGUGCUACCCACGUUGAAUGUUUGCAUAGCGCACUGUUAUUUACUUAUGUAAUUUUGUACCAUAGGUUAGCAUGGAAGUAGCAAACCAGUUUAAAUUGUAAGAAAAGGGAAAAGCUAAAUGCAACCUUAAUAUAAUAUUUUCUCAGUGAUAUCCGUAAAACUUCUAUUCUUCAAUAUAUGCAUAGGACUGACGUAUUGUCAUUCAGGCAGGUUUUUUUCUUCUGCAAUCUUCUUUCAGGGAGUUUGGUAAGAACAUACUUUUAAUAUUUAUUGUUUAUAGUUUAGCUUUUAUGAAAUUAUUAGAACGUAGAGAACAUUUCUAAUUCCAUUAUCUCAUUAUGUCUAUAUGAUGCUGUGUAUGUUGAUGAAACAUUACCAAUACAUGUACUAUAAUGAACCAGCAGUCUAAAGAGCAGGCUGAAGCCAACAAAAGGAGCAUCAGUAAAAGUUCUUUGCACUAUGAAUUUUAAUGUACAGAUUUUUGGCUUCAAUUGUAAGCAGGAAACAAUUAUAUAUAUAUAUAUAUAUUGGGCCCUCUUUAAAUCCAUACAAAUCAAUCCAAACCAAAAUUGUUAUUUUAAGCAAAUUAAAGCCGGGCUGGCAAUAUUCUAAAUCACCACUGAUGUUUUAGGUGCCUGGCUGCGAAGAAGAGCAGAACAUCAUGUGUUUACAUUUGUCGGCAUUUGUAUGACUCUUAUUAUACUUCAGGAAAUAAGUUGAUUUUUAUUUUCAGUUGUAAGAGAUGGUUUGAGAAAUUCUGAGAUCAGUUCUUUCAAAGUGGUAAACGUAUUUAACAUCAUACGGUGUAAUUGUUAAAGAUUACACUGAAAAAAUUCAAUAUAAAAAAGUUACUUGGUUGAGGCAAUUUUAGAAUUAUUUCCCAUCAGGUGACUCUGCUGUGAACUUAAACCCAUUAGUUUCUAUAUUUAUGCUUUUUUGCCAUAAAGAGAGAGCAUGUUGUAUUGGCAUUGCCAUGAGAUAUGUAUUGCAUCUUGCCUUUUGUUACUUUGUGGUUUUCAAAAAGAGCUGUGCGUUCAAGCAGGUGUUUCCAAUUGCAGAAAAAAGAAGCUUUAAAUAAUUUAUUAUUGUUUAAAAGGGAAAAAUCAAAUGGAUCUGGAAGAGCAAAUAUUUUAAAAAUCAUCGCAAAAUUGCUUCCUCAUAUAUAAGAGAAAUGGUUUUUCAGUAGCCUAGAGUAUUGAUUAGUAUUCUGUUUUUCUUUAAUCAUAUAACAGAGAUUCUCAAACAGGGGGUUGUGACCACUCAGGAGGUCACGAAGUUAUUACAUGGGGGCCAUGAGCUGUCAGCCUCCACCCCCAAACCUGCUUCACGUCCAGCAUUUAUAAUAGCAUUAAAUAUAAAGAAGUGUUUUUAAUUCAGAAGGGAGGACACAUUCAGAGGCUUUCUGUGUGAAAGGGGUCACUAAUGCAAACGUUUGAGAACCACUGAUUAAUGCAUCAACUGUUAUUUGCUUUGUGUGUUCCUAGACAAUGCAGCAUAUGCUCUAAAACAGUCAUAAAUUCUAAAAUACCUUCCUUUAUUUUUCCCUUUCGCCAAACACAAUCUUCUGAAUAAGUAAUGUAGCAAAUUAAAAGGAAGCUAUAGUAUAUUACCAAAAAUCCAAGACUGAAAAAUUGCAUUCACCCACACAAGCUUGAGAAUCAGGACCUUAAAAAACCCCUGUUUGUGAAAUCACAUACCCAAAUUCCAAAGAGCACACACACAAAACACCAGAAGUGUGUGAGGGCAGGGAGUGAAGA